GACCGCCGCGGUAGUGUCUGACGGUCACUUAAGAACGUGAGCGGCGCCGGUGAACACCAACUUUCCCGGCAAAACUGGCAACAGAAAGGGCUUGAGAGGUGACGUAACAUCGAAUCGUGCGAGACAACUGGGGCAGAGAAAAGAGAUUUUUCCAACCCGUUCUCCAAACUGGAGAGGCAUUGGAAAGAUACUCCGAGAACGAAUCAAAGAACAGACUGCGGAUCGCUCGUGAGGAUCAUAACAGAAAAGCAGAAAACUUAAAACAGACACUAAACAUCAAAUAUGACUUCAUACAAACGACUGUGCGGUUGUCUUGUGGUGGUUGUAUGGCUUUGCAAAGCACAAGGAAAUCAUCUUGGGGAAGGUACCCGAAAUCCUGCCAGUGACAGCUCUCCUCCCCCCUCCUCCGGCUAUGGUGGGGCUCCAGGGGGUUCACCCUAUGGCGGUGGGGCGUUCGGGGGUCCGGCGGGUGGAUUUUCUGGUCCUGGCGGUGGAGCGUAUGGUGCCCCGCCAGCCGGCGGGGGUUUUUCACCGAAUGCACCUCCUCCAGGCUUCUUCGGCGGUGCUGGUGGCGCUGGCCAAGGCCCUCCUAAUACACCUAAUGCGCCUGGGACGUUUGUUGAUGGCAGUCCUUUCCCAGAUUUCUCUGGAAUGGCAACCAGUAAUCCAAAUUUCACUCCCACGAAUCAGGUAGGCCCACCUCAAACGAACUUUGGAAUGCCGCCACCCGGCGGCAACCCUGGCCUUCCACCUCCAGGACCCGGUAACCAAGGUCCUGGCGGAGCUGGUGCAUUUGGAGGACCACCUCCCGGACCGGGAAAUCAAGGACCUGGCGGAGCUGGUGCAUUUGGAGGACCACCCCCAGGACCGGGAAAUCAAGGACCUGGCGGAGCUGGUGCAUUUGGAGGACCACCCCCAGGACCGGGAAAUCAAGGACCUGGCGGAGCUUUCCAAGGUCCUCCUCCCCCUAACGGAGCUUUUCAAGGCCAGGGACCACCUCCCCCUCCUGGUCCUGCCAACCAAGGUGGACCAUUCCAAGGACCACCACCCCCUACCGGCGGAUUUCAAGGCCAAGGCCCCCCACCCCCUAAUGGCGGACCCCAAGGACAAGGGCCUCCUCCACCUCCUGGCCCGGCCAACCAAGGUGGACCAUUCCAAGGACCUCCACCCCCAAAUGGAGGAUAUCAAGGUCAAGGUCCCCCUCCUCCUCCUAAUGGCGGACCACAAGGGCAAGGCCCUCCUCCUCCAGGCCCUGCCAACCAAGGUGGACCGUUUCAAGGACCCCCUCCCCCUCCCGGUCCUGG